CACGACGACAGAGCUACUGGCCAUUGGCUUGCAGGCAGGGAGUUCCCGGCGUGCUGCGCUUCGGCGGCGGGCCAUGGCUGUGGGGGUGCGGCUGCCUAUGCUGCUUGAGCUCUGGCUGCUGGUGUUGGCUCGGCUCUGCUCGGAGGCAGCUGACGGCGGGGGCUGGCGGCAGGCUGGGCCGGGGCCAGACGUAGCCGUGGAGGAACGCUGCACCGUGGAGCGCCGCUCCGACCUCACCUACGCUGAGUUCGUGCAGCACUACGCCUUCCUCAGGCCCGUCAUCCUACAGGGACUCACGGAUAACUCGAGGUUUCGGGCCCUGUGCUCGCGAGAGAGUCUGUUGGCUACCUUUGGGGACCACUUGGUUCGGCUCAGCACCGCCAACACCUACUCUUACCAGAAAGUGGACCUACCCUUCCAGCAAUAUGUAGAGCAGCUGCUACAUCCCCAAGACCCUGCUUCUCUGGGCAACGAUACUCUGUACUUUUUUGGGGACAACAACUUCACAGAGUGGGCAUCAUUAUUUAAGCACUACUCCCCACCUCCGUUUCAUUUGCUGGGAACCACUCCUGCUUAUAGCUUCGGAAUUGCAGGAGCUGGCUCUGGGGUGCCCUUCCACUGGCAUGGGCCUGGAUUCUCGGAGAUGAUCUAUGGCCGUAAGCACUGGUUCCUCUACCCACCUGAGAAGACCCCCGAGUUCCACCCCAACAAGACCACACUGACCUGGCUUCGGGACACAUACCCAGCCUUGGCACCAUCUGAAAGGCCCCUGGAGUGUACCAUUCAGGCUGGUGAGGUGCUGUAUUUCCCUGACCGCUGGUGGCACGCUACACUCAAUCUUGACACCAGUGUCUUCAUCUCCACCUUCCUUGGCUAGCCAGAAGAGGCAGGCCCACACACACCAGGAUGUGCCCAUGUACUGGUCACAAAUUUUAUUACAGGAACAGUGGCAGCAAUGGCAGCUUCAACCCAACCCACCCCCAUCUGCUUUUCCAGCCC